AUGUCCUCGCCGCGCGACGCUCAAGUGUUGGAGGAGUUUGAGAGUCAAUGUGAUGUGGGUGCUACGCGCAUUACUUAUCUAGGUGAUGUUACUGACCAAUUCAUUGACGCGUGUCGGGCUUUGGACUCAUGGUUUAUUCAGAAACGUCUUAUACUUACCAUGGAACGACCUGAAUACCAGCUUGUUGACGAAGUUGCAGAUCUGCAAAAAGAAUUAGAGAUAAAGACUAAUCAUGCCAAGUGUUUAAAGCAAAAGAUUCGGGAGUACGUUUCUUCAAUUAACACGAUCGUUAACAAGUAUAUUCAUCCUCUUGAGUUCCGUCUUGUGGGGCUGGAUCUGGCAGGCGCCUGGUCAGCGGUUUUCGUCUCUGUGUUGCUGUGGUGGCUUGCUUCCGUUGACAUUAUCUGGUCGGGAUUCGAAGUGGAGUGGGCGGGGGAUGGACUGCAGUGGGCGCGUAGGCGUCGAGCUCCACUCGGUGGCUUCCCCUGUCGGGGCUCUUGCUAG